CGUAAUCAAUCCGUAUGUUCAAAAGUGGACUGAGAUUUCUAAAGAAGAAGAAUAAAAAACAAUGAAGCUCAUACUUCGUCUCCCCGAAAUCUGUGCGAUUUCUGCCCUAAACUUUCUCCCACAAAUCCACAAUCACUCAGAUUAACGCACUCCUACGCCGUCUAAAAACUUCUCUCUCUCUCUCUCUCUCUCGCGUGGCGCUAAUCUCGCUCUUCCCAUGUGGCGCACCACCACCCCUCUCCUCUCCCAUUCAAACCACGGAGUGGCAGCACUGUCAAGAAAAUGAAUGGAAUUCGUCUGCAUUUUCCGAUUUCUUCUCUCCUUUUCUCCGCUUGAAGUCCAAAUCCAUAGACCCAUUUUGACAAUUUCCCCCCUUUUCCGCUUUCCCCUUUUUUCUGAAGUGAAAUCUCGAAUCAUUGUACUCUUAUCUGACAAUGAAGGCGAGAGCGGAUUCUUUGCCUGCAAGAACGGCGCCGCCGCAUCCUUCCCGAAAUGCCCUCGAUCACAAGAGGGAUGCUUAUGGGUUUGCAGUGAGGCCCCAACAUGUACAAAGAUAUCGUGAAUAUGCUAAUAUCUAUAAGGAAGAGGAAGAAGAGAGGUCUGACAGGUGGAAAGACUUUCUUGAGCGGCAAUCAGAUUUUGCACAGUUGCCCAUUAAUGGGAAAGAGUUGCCUGAUAAGCCAAUCAAUACCGAACUGGAAUCUGGUUCCCAGAAUGAUUUUGAAAAUCUGGUGGAUAAAAAAGAGAAAACUCACCAGAUCCAAGUAUGGUGUGAUGUUAGACCAUCGCUUCGAGCGAUUGAAGAUAUGAUGAGCGUGCGUGUUAAAAAGGUGAAUAUAGAGAAAAGUGAGCCAGCAUAUGGAAUGGCUGCUGAGAAUUCAUCAUCUACCAUAGAAGAGUCUACCUCCACAAAAGGAGGUGGGCUUGACGAGGACUCAGAUGACGAGUUUUAUGAUCUGGAGAGAUCCGAAUCGUUGGACAGAUCAGACUUGGAUUCUUUACACGAUGUCUCUCUGUCUGAGAGUAUUGCUGAGGCUACUUCGGCUAAAGAUUCUUCUUCACCUCAUUGGAAAGAAGAAUUGGAUUGCCUUGUUCAGGGAGGAGUGCCAAUGGCUCUCAGGGGAGAGCUUUGGCAAGCUUUUGUUGGUGUGAAGGCACGUCGAGUGGAGAAGUAUUAUCAAGACUUGCUUGCUACAGAAGCAAAAUCUGUUAAUACCGUAGAGCAUAAAAGUAUGGAAUCAGAGGAUAAUAGUAACAGUGUACAGUCUAGUGUAGACUCAGUAGGCGGGGCUGAGAAAUGGAAAUGUCAGAUUGAAAAGGAUUUACCUCGAACGUUUCCUGGACAUCCUGCUCUGGAUGAGGAUGGAAGGAAUGCUUUGAGGCGUUUACUUACUGCAUACGCUCGCCAUAAUCCUUCUGUAGGUUACUGUCAGGCCAUGAAUUUCUUUGCUGGUCUCUUAUUGCUCUUAAUGCCAGAGGAAAAUGCAUUUUGGACUUUGAUGGGCAUUCUAGAUGACUAUUUUGAUGGCUAUUACUCGGAAGAGAUGAUAGAGUCUCAGGUAGACCAACUCGUUCUUGAGGAAUUGGUGCGGGAAAAAUUUCCAAAAUUAGUUAAUCAUCUUGAUUACCUGGGAGUACAAGUGGCGUGGGUCACUGGACCGUGGUUCCUCUCUAUAUUCAUGAACAUGCUUCCUUGGGAAAGUGUUCUUCGGAUCUGGGAUGUGCUUCUGUUUGAAGGAAACCGUGUGAUGUUAUUCCGGACAACGCUGGCUUUGAUUGAUCUAUAUGGACCUGCAUUGGUGACAACAAAGGAUGCAGGAGACGCAGUCACUCUGCUGCAAUCACUUGCUGGGUCCACAUUUGAUAGCAGCCAACUUGUUUUGACAGCGUGUAUGGGCUAUCAAAAUGUUACUGAACCCAGAUUACAAGAAUUGAGAAAUAAGCACCGGCCAGCUGUUAAUGCUGCACUUGAAGAGAGAUCUAAAGGUUUAAAAGUAUGGAGGGAGUCUCAGGGUCGUCUAGCGUCUAAACUAUACAGUUUUACACAAGAUCCUGGCUCUGUGGAGGGAACCAAUAAACCAGAUAAUAGUGUAGAUCCUUCAUCAGUUAAUGACAAUGUGGACGAGCUAUAUGUUAGCAUGAACAAGAACUUGGAGAAGGGUUCUGGUCCGGAUCUUCAAGAUCAGGUGGUAUGGCUAAAGGUUGAACUGUGCAAGUUGCUGGAGGAAAAAAGAUCUGCUGAACUAAGAGCUGAGGAAUUGGAAACAGCAUUAAUGGAGAUGGUGAAGCAGGAUAACCGGCGACAGUUGAGCGCACGGGUUGAGCAAUUAGAGCAAGAUAUUGGAGAGCUGAGACGGGCUCUAGCUGAUAAACAAGAACAAGAAAAUGCCAUGCUUCAAGUUUUGAUGCGGGUGGAACAAGAGCAAAGGGUAACUGAAGACGCACGGAGAUUUGCUGAACAAGAAGCAGCUGCACAAAGAAGUGCCACAAAAAUCCUUCAGGAGAAGUAUGAAGAAGCUAUGGCUUCCCUCUCAGAGAUGGAGAAGCGGGUGGUUAUGGCUGAAUCCAUGUUGGAGGCAACAUUGCAGUAUCAAUCUGGUCAGACCAAAACCCAACCUUCUCCACGAUCUGGACAGCAAGAUUCUUCCACUCAAAUGCUAACCAAUCAGGAUGGGCAUCUUCAAGAGAUACCUGCAAGAAAAAUCAGCCUUCUGUCUAGAUGGCGGGACCGAAACAAGGGGAAGCCUAGCAGCAGCUCAGAGGAGGAGCCAAUGAAUGAGGUUGAAAGUCCAAGGCUUCCAUUGGAGACGACAAUGAAUAGUGGCCUUCCAGUUGCCGCAGAGCAAGCCUGAGAAGCCGGCCCUGCCAUAUAUGCUUAAUUGUCUGCCAUACAAUGGCUCCAACACAGGCUAUGUUUUGUGUCCGAUGAGAUUUGAUCCGAAUUGUCCUAUAAAAAAGAAUCCAACAUCAUUUUGUUUGUUUCAUAGCCCUGAGAAUAAUGGUGCAUAGUUGAAGAAGUAAUACAUAUAAUAUCAUAUGAUACAAUACGUGUGAAUUAAUAAUGAUGUAACAUGGACAAGUGAAUGCAUACUCUUUUUUUUUUGUUCCCCAAUUGUAUAACCAUUG